GGCAACUAGUGAAAGAACACGUUCCCCUCGGUCCGAUGAUAGUGCUAAUGAUUCCAUGUCACCCUCAAAGAAAUUUCGACUAGAAUCUGAAUACUGUCGUAUCAGCUCCUCCAAUGGUGACAAUAAAUCUAAGAAGGUUCGUCGAUCCGGAAUUAAGGCCGUCAUCACACUUGCCGAAGGAUAUUUAUGGGAUUUUAAUUUUUGUUACUAUUUUUUAUUGUAUAUGUAUGUAUAUGUCCAUUUAAACCCCAAUAUAUUAACGCACCACAAUUGAGAUUAUCUGGUUGCAGUUUUCCCAUGGGUAAAUCAUCCGAUAUAAAAAUUCCUUACAUUUUGCAACCCAUAUAUGACCUAAAGCAGACAGGAGACGUCAAAUUUGGACCAGGAACCCGAUCGCCAUUACUUGGGUUACUCGGUGGUGCCCUUCCAAAACUAUCUUCAGAGCAACAUGAAGCUGUCAGCAAAGCAAAAAAGUAUGCAAUGGAGCAGAGUAUUAAAAUGGUACUGAUGAAACAAACUCUCGCUCAUCAACAACAGCAAUUGGCAUCACAACGAACACAAGUUCAAAGACAACAAGCAUUAGCCUUGAUGUGCAGGGUAUACGUUGGCAGCAUUUCCUUUGAGUUGAAAGAAGAUACAAUUAGAGCAGCAUUUCUUCCAUUCGGGCCCAUAAAGUCUAUAAAUAUGUCAUGGGACCCAAUAACACAAAAGCAUAAAGGAUUUGCCUUUGUUGAAUAUGAGAUACCAGAAGGUGCGCAGCUUGCUUUAGAACAAAUGAAUGGAGCUUUAAUGGGAGGUAGAAAUAUAAAGGUUGGACGUCCAAGCAAUAUGCCUCAAGCUCAACAAGUCAUAGAUGAAAUACAAGAAGAAGCAAAAAGUUUCAACCGAAUCUAUGUGGCAUCAAUUCAUCCAGAUCUGUCGGAAGAAGAUAUUAAAAGUGUUUUCGAGGCUUUUGGUCCAAUAAUGUACUGCAAACUUGCCCAAGGCACCUCUCUUCAUACCCAUAAAGGAUAUGGAUUCAUUGAAUAUUCUAACAAACAGGCUAUGGAUGAAGCCAUUGCUAGUAUGAAUCUCUUUGACUUAGGAGGACAAUUAUUAAGAGUUGGGCGUUCUAUUACACCUCCGAAUGCAUUAGUCAGCCCAUCGACAAAUUCUACCAUGCCUACUGCCGCGGCCGUUGCCGCUGCUGCUGCAACUGCAAAAAUUCAAGCAUUAGACGCUGUUGCUAGUAAUGCAGUCUUAGGGUUGUCCGCCACGACUCCAGCACUGGGGAUUUCACCGCUUGCGACUACUAAGGUUGGAUCGCUUCCUUUAUCAGCUGCUGCUAACACAUUUCAUCCUUCUCUAACAUUACCAGCUAAUACUGGCCAAACAUUUAUUACGGCCAGUAUGUUUCAAAAUCCAAGUAUAAACCCCAACUUACUCACAGCUACUGCUUCAACUUUACAAGCUGUAACAACACAAGCUAUAAAUUCAGCAAGCAAAUCAGUAAUUGGUACUUCUCCCAGUAUAACCGUACCACUUGGUCUUAAAAUGGGUUCUUCUGCUUCUGACGGGGUUGUUUCAACUGCUUCUCCUGCUGUGGUUAAUGCUCUUUUGGCGAAAAAUAUUUUACCCGUUGUGAGCCAGCCGGAAACAAUCAAAAAAGCACAUGAAAAACAACAAGAAGAGCUUCAAAAAAAAUUGAUUGAUGAGGGAGAAACACAAACAUUACAGCAGCAAGAGAACAUGUCUAUAAAAGGACAGAGCGCAAGACAGUUUGUAAUGCAACGAUUAAUGAGGCCACAAGAGUCUCGUGUAAUUAUUUUGCGCAAUAUGGUUGGACCUGAGGAUGUUGACGAAACUCUUCAAGAAGAAAUUCAGGAAGAAUGUAGCAAGUUUGGAACAGUUAUUCGUGUAAUUAUAUUUAACGAAAAACAAACGGAGAACGAAGAUGACGAUGAAGCAGAAAUAAUUGUAAAAAUUUUUGUAGAGUUUUCACUUGCUGCGGAAGCCGACCGUGGCAAAGAUGCUCUUCAUGGAAGAUUUUUUGGAGGUCGACGUGUAAUAGCGGAGUUAUACGACCAGUCACUUUUUGAUCAUGGAGAUCUCUCCGGUUAAAAGUCAUGACUUAUUUUAAUAAAGCUUGAUAUUUGGAUAUUAGAAA